CUGAGACUUCGACAUACGGAGCCUAGACACUUUGACAGCAGCUCUUUAUUUUAAGCACAACUCAAAAACACACAAUGAAACCCCCGAUAGUUUUGUCUGGAUGCUUGUUGCUUCUUUGGACACUGACUGCAUUUGUCAGUUGCGCAGAAGAUGCUGCUGAAGAAGGUAUAAAAGUGACAAUUCUCUCAGGGAAGAUUAGGCUGAAUUGUAAAGAAGAAUGGAAGAUAAAUGGAAAUGCAACAUCCCGUGAGUUGCCUUACAGCGAUGAAUGGACAGGAGAGUACACCUGUCAAGGCAACAGUGAAACGGACACUGCAAAAAUCUAUGUGAAAUUUCGGACCUGUGACAACUGUGUAGAGCUGGACGGGGGUUCAUUAUCAAGCAUAAUUGUAGGAGACGUGGUGGCUACGAUUGUGGUAGGAGUGGCUGUCUAUCUUAUCGCGUCUCAGGCCCGGACCGUUCCAGUCACCUCCAACAAGAAAAGCUCUGAUAGACAGCACCUGGUUCCAAACGAAGCCAGAGCCACCAAUGAGCAUUACCAGCCUCUGAAACACAGAGGUCAGAAAGACACCUAUGAUGAACUUAGAAGAUGAAGAUAGAGGGAUGGUGGUCUUCUGCCUGGGAUCCCGAGACAACUCAAACAUUUGCAAGUCAGCUUUCUGUUGUGGGAAUCACCCCUCCUAUUCUUCACUGUAUCAUACUAUUUUAAAUUAGGGUCUCUCAUAGUAAUUUUCACUAUGCCUGUACAAUGAUGCUCUUAUAUAACAGACCGAUGACAAACAGACUUGGUAACCAGUUGCUGUGUGUUAUAAUGAUAAUCAGCUGUUGUUGUUAUUUUUUAAUGAAACUAUGUGAUUUUUUUCCUUUCUUAUAGAAAUAGGGCUGCUUCAACAGCCAUUUCAUAUAAUGACUCACUGUAAGAAUUAAGUGUUUAUGUUAAAAUGAUGAUAAAUUAAUAAUUGAGGAUUAAAAAAUGGGCUGUCUUGUCUUUUUUUUUUUUUGCUAUUGCCAGUGGUGGAAAGAAACUAAAUUAUUCAAGAGCUGUACUGAAGUAUAAUUUUGAGGUAUUUGUGCUUUCUUUGAGUAUUUCCAUUGUUUGUUAUUUUAUAUUAUAUAUUAUAUAUUUCUACACCAUUCCAUUGCACAUUUCAGAGGGAUAGUUACAUUUACUGGAUAUUUUGGGGUUUAAGACUUAAACAUACAGUCAACAGCCACUUAACUGGGUACACCUAUGCAAUCUAAUUCAAUCCAAUACAACAGCUCUUCAAUAAAUUCUACUUUUUUAAAGUUUAUACGUUUUCAGUUUUUGUCAAAAAGUGAUAAUUCUACUUUAUGUUUAUUAUUGAGGUCGUACUAAGUGAUGGUGGUGUACUGGGGUGCAUUAUAUUGAAUGGUGUUCCUAAUAUCAUGUAUGUUAAUGGAGUGGACAAAGUAUUAGACAUCCUUUUCGUUUGAUCCAGUCUGUUUGUUAUUGUGUCUGAUCAAAUCUCGCUCAAGGAGAAGAAGUCUUGUUCGUUGAAAAACUUGCGAGGGUUUAGUUUUUAUCAAAAUCAGUUCAGCCAACUGAUUGGAGAAAGUAGUGCCAGGAGGAAUUUGUUGUGUUGGCUUAGUGUUACCUAUCAGUCUGCUGGUUAAAAUCAGGAAAAGUAUGAUAAUUAUUCAAUCUACUUAUAUUAAUGUAUCAUUAUGAUGAAAAAAGGAGCAUUUCUUGUAGCCACAAUAUGAUAACAGCAAACCUUCUACUGACUGAUCAGAUGUAUAUUGUCUCUGUCACUUAGCUGCGACCGAAGGCCAGUUUUAUGUAGAAUCAGGACAAGUGAAUAUUGUUUUUCUCACUAACUCAGCUGUUUGACAUGUAGAACUGCAGGUACUCUUAUUUACAGCUGCUGGACUGUGAUCAGCUGAAAGACACAGCACUGACUUUGUAUUCAACAACAUUAGGAAGUAGGAGUGUAGAAGCCAAUAACGUAAUAAUGUCCCAUAACGUAAUACAUUUGCCCGUUUUUUUACUGUAAUAAGCCAAUAACGUAAUAAUACACUAAUAUCAGUUUAUUUUAAGUUUUAUUUAUUGACUAUAACUGAAAAUGCAGUAAAAAUGCAUACACUGAGACAGAGAGAGAGUGUAAGCAUUUUCACAGUUAUAUCUAAUGAAUAAAACUUAAAUAAAGUGAUACUAGUAUAUUAUUACGUUAUCGGCUCCAGUUAUUACAUUUGCAAAGGAUUUGUUUUUACCAGGUGGUUAAGUUAUUACGUUAUUGGUUCAGGACUUUUAUUAUGUGAAUGGGUAGUUCUUACGUUACUGGCUUAUUACAUUAUGCAUCAGAGAAAGGAGUGGAAACUCACAGUCAAACUAAUGCUUCUUAAAUCUGCUGUAGGAGUGUACACACCAUCAACUUAUCAAAAUAUCAUGCUAAAUCAUCUAAAGAACUUUUAUUCAUACAAACUGUGUUGUGUGUUGUUGACUUUACCACCUGAUAAAAAUCCUUUUUAAUUCUUCAAUGUAUUGUUAUUACCUGUUAUUAC